ACCGCACGACGGCGCGCGAAACAGUAACAGCUGCGUACCGUCCGCCGACGGUCACUCGUCGCAAUCGCGUUUCCCGCAGCAGCCGCUUCCGCCGCUAACCGUCCGUCCGUCGACGACGACGACGACGACGACGACGACGAUGUUGUUUACGUUCGCGUCCCGCACGCCGAUCCUGUUGACCGUGUGCACCGCGCUGUUCGGAGCCUACCGCUCCGUAGACUCUGCCCUGCCGUAUUUGGACGGUAAGUAGCGGACGAACGUCGGUUUUUCUCCGACCGACAAGCUCGUUCGAACACAAAACGAAAAACCCGCGGUCGUACCCUAGAACGUUACAAUAAAUAACCGAAAAUAAGUACCUUAUUUUAAUUUUAAUUUCUCUAUACAUACAUACAUAUACAUAUACAUAUAUGUAUAAAACAAACGAUUACGUUCGUUUAUCUACCUAUACGCGUUACCUCGCUCGAUUCGUACCCGACGUAAUAUGAAAUGUCCACGGUCGCCACUGCUGCUAGCAAUUGCCGCCGCCACUUGUUGUGCGGCGGCGUCGUCGCUUAGGCGUAUUUCGCGUGAUGUCUUGUAUCGCGUCGGACGAAUACUAUUAUUAUUAUUAUUAUUAUUAUUAUUAUUAUCGUGUGUUGUUCAUACGCUACCACCUGUUUAACCGCGGCGGCUCCGUGUCCCCCGAGACGCUGGACGGGCGCCACACGCGACCGGCGACCCUUUGACACCACGCGCGUGCGAUCUCCGAGAUCUGUUUCCCAACGAUACGAUUCCCCGGUGUGUCCGCGCGUCUUCCCUCCCAGUGGCGACUCGAGAUUUGUUUUCGUCUGUGAAGCAGUUUUUGCAUAAUCGCGGAGCGAAUCGUCUCUUACAACCCAAACCCUGCAGAAGACCCAGACACUUUAACUAAGGCUACUAGGUUUAAACGUUCCUGCUAGAAACAGCUGUAUCCUCCAAAACGUUUCGUUAACAUACCCAAUCAUAUAGUGCCACACAUACCUAAGCCCACCCACACAGUGUGAUUAAUGAAGCAGCUGUUUUACGGGACACCCGUUCCUUCCUCCUCUUAUUCCGAUUGAUACAUUACACACAUACUUGCGUCGGACCACGGAUUUAUCGUGACAUAUUGCACAUCACGGCGAAGUUCGCACUUUUAUACCUAUCAUAAUACAUUAAUUCUCUUAGUCCGCCGCAUCUCCACCGGUUCACUGGCCUGGCGUGUACACCGACGCCACGUCAGUUUUGCGCCAAUCACAGUUGUCCGGCUGACUUAUCGAUGCUCUGUAAUCGGUGCAUACAUAUUUACUCGUGCUAUCAUUCGCAUUUUCUAUUGGAUCGGAUUUACGAUAAUAUGUAGUUUCGUAUUCAAAUGCGUUUUACAAUCGAUUCUCUAGCUAAGUUCUGUAAAAAAUCAUCCGAUUCGACCUCUUAAAGUUCUUAAAGUUCUUAAAGUCUAUUGACCACAUCUUUAGUUUUCUCAAAGGUCUUUUAGUUGAAUGUAGUCAUUGAGUUCUGUUCCGUCACUACCCGUAAUGAUGAGUUUUGCUUUUCCGCUAAUUUCGAAUCCACAUCAACCAUCUUUUUUUGACGACGAUUUUUAAAAUAUUCUUUUCUCCAAAUGUUAUCUGUAGCUUUAUCGCAGUUUUUCUUUCGUUUCCACUUUCCGGUCAUGUUAUCUUUUACUGGUCAAACAAUUGUCUAUAAUAUAUUUAUUUCCAGUACCGAAAACAUAUUUUCGUCUGUCUUCCUUGAUUGUCAAGUAAAUCCGUACAGUAUUGCUUAAAAAUAUAAAGUAAAUUCGCUCGUAUCACGCAGAUACAUCCAGGGGCGAACUGAACCGGAGGGCGGACGGGUGAUUGCCCAAGAGGUCCCUAAAAUGAUCGGGCCUUUACACUGAAUUGCAGGGCGUAUAUGACAGGGCAAUUUUAUUGCGCAUUUGCAAUAUUUGUGCCUAUGCCAUAAUACUUAUAAAACUAAUAACAUAGGAGUAAGUACUAUAACAAAGAAUGUUCUAAGAUAAGUGCUUGUGUGCGGCCUUGUCAUAAGACCCAGGUGGGCUGGUGUUCGUGUAACAAGGGGAUUUUAUCUACGAACGCCCGCGUCAAUUUUUCACCCCCUCCCCCUACUGGAUACAUUUCAUAUCAGAACUUGUAUACAGUGAAUAUAAUGUGUGUAUAUAUAAAUACAAAAGCUAUAGUUAAUAGGAAACGAAAAUGUCUUGUAGUUAAUGUAUAAAUAUAUACGUAGGAUACUUUGUGAAAAGACGUCGAAUCCCGAAGAAUUCGUGCAGAGGUUUGUAAAUAAUAUAUCGCUAUCAUUAAUAUUGGACUUUAUUCGCCGCCAACGUACACACAGGUGGAUUCGAAAACCAUCGCGUGCAGUGCAGCGCAUACAUAAACCCAUUAUCCGAGUAAAUCGUUCAUUAAUAAUAUUAUUAUUAAAAAACGGUUCCAAUUUGAUUUCUAUUGCCCUCGUGGAAUAGGAAUACCGUGGAUGGUUUUUUGUGAAAUUUAUUCAAAUUCGAACGUAGUGAAAAUAUAAGUAUGAAAAUAAAUGGGUAACAGGGACUGCAGCCAGUAUAAUAUAACAGGAUGUUGUUCGUUAGAGGGCAAAUGCAUCCAAAUUAAUAUUAAAUAACACGUUAUAUACAUUAUUGGAUACUGUAUGUGAAGGUUUCAUAUUUGAAUGUGUGGAUGCCGGUGUUUAUCGUAAGAGUCCACUUAACGGGCAAUUCACAGCAAUAAUAAACGUUUGUGAUUAGCGUCUCAUUUAUCCAUUACGUAUAUAAAAUGACUAGCAGUUUCCUCUUUGUAUUUUUAAUAUAUUUUGAUUUUGAUUUUUUUUUUUAAUUUUAUUAAAGUUUAUUUUACAGAGUUAAUAUAAUGUUGACAGUGUGACAGUUGUAGAUUUACAUUUUCUGUAUGCGCACGAGUAUAUAGAGACAUUAUAUCGUUCAUUUCGUAUCAAUUCAAAACCUAAAUGACUCCUCUGGUAGUCUGGUCGUAUAAACAAAUUGUUUUUUUUUUUAUUUUCCACAACACACAAUUAAUACAUAACAUUUUUAUAUCCUACUUCUUCCUGACAUCAUAACUCUGUGAGAGUUGUUAUUUCCACCACUGGCAAUGUGUUCUAUUAUUCUCCUACUCCUCUUCCUUUACUUCUCUACUUCUUCUCUACUUCUCUACUCUCCUCCUCUACAUCUGUUUUCCUUCAUUUCAUCCCAUAGCUUCUUCGGGUGUUCUGUAGAAGGUCUUUUUCCGGUUAGUUUCCACUAAACUAUUAUCUUUAGGUUCGCUAACUCUGACAGUCUUCCAUCGCAUGUCCAUAUUAGACAUUGAAUUCUUUGUACCUUCAUACAAUUUGUUAUAUCCUUACUUUGUCCCAGUUUGUGCAUAUUAUAGACAAUACUUAAAUAUAAGUUGAUAUUAAAAUUUUUGAAAUAUCGUGAAAUCACCGAGUAAGCACCAUAAUAUAUUUACACCAUUAUAAUAAAAAUUAUUAAUUCAACAGUAUGAAGUGUUCCCUAUAAUCAUUUCAAUACGACGUAGGUAUCCGACCAGAGUUGUGGUUUAUGUGGAUAACGUAUAGUUCAUAUUAUAAUUUUACCUAUAAUAUAGAUAACUGCAGUGCUGAACUUAUAUCCUUAGAAUACCACGGAUUAUAACUUUAAUUAGAGAAUUUGUGUAAACAAAAUAAAAAUUCACUAUUUUGUUCCUUUUUUUAUUAAAUAUAGUCGAGGUAUCGUAUAGGUAGGUAAUUAUAAUAAUUAUUUACAUCCGGGGCGAUGCCGUUUAAUAAUAUUUAGCCGAUGUAAUAAUUAUACACCUAGUACUCAAAGUUUCUCAUAAGCAGAAAUAGUUUUCGAACCCUAAACAAAUUAAACCUCUGUUCUGUUUUCGUUGGUACAUAAAUAUAAGCAAUAAAUUAAAUACGAAUAAAAGUUUUAGUAGUUAUACGUUAGAUAGUAUAUAAUAUAAAAGUAUAUUUCGAAAUUCAGCGAUUUCACUCAAAAUGAUACAUUCCAAGUAUCAAAGUACAUUAUUUUUCACAGUUUGACAAUAUUUUAUCGUUGAAUUUUGGAAAAAAAUCCAACGUUGUCAACUAAAUUUCCAUCUGAUCCAACGUUCAAUUUGACCGAUUUUUCUGAUUCAUAUCUGUUAUUAGUUUUUUAUGUUCUUAUAUGCUGUGGUUUAAAUUUAUGUCCAAGAUAAGGCGUCAUUUAUACAAUUUGAUAAUACGAGUACAGAAAAAGUUUUCUGGUCACAUAUAAUCGUGUUUCAUUAUUCAAUACAAUCCAAAAUAUAAUUUUGUAUCCAAAACCCUUUCAACAGAACCAUCGUUUAGUGAAAUUUCAGAAGGCGUCAUCCUAACAUUGUAGUUACAUAUUUUUUACAUAGGAAUUUGAAUAUACUGUAAUAUUAAAUGAUACUUGGGGUAUCGUUCUCGUUUUUUAACCGAUUCGUGCGGAUAAACCAUAUUCGGAAUUAAAACGCAUAUUUUUCUAAAUUAAUACCUUCGGCUACAGGUUUUAAAAGUUAGAUAAAUACAUCAACUUGUUAUGUAACCGAUUAGGUAUAAUGUAAAUUCAGAUUUUGUUGAUCAGAGGAAGGAUACUAUAUUAUGCAUAUUUUUUAGUUAGGAUUCACGUAGUGGAAAAUUGUUCACAUCAUGAAAAGUUAUUCGUAUAUUUCAUGUAAAUUAUUUUCGACACUUUGUGAAACUUGUGAAAUUCAAGCGAAAUGGGUGGGUGUCUUGGUAUGAAAUCAAUUCUUAAAUGAUCUGCAUUGUGUACAUUUUUGUUUCAUCAUUCAGGUAUAUUGAUUAUGUGAAAUAAAAUAGACAGGUAGGUUAUUGUAGUUAUAGGUAUUAUACCGUAUAAUUUUGUUUUUGUUGAUCAUUUUAUUAGAUAUUUCAUAUAAUAUUAUUGCAUACUUAAAAUAUUUUGCUUUUAUCAUACAGCCGUAAAUCUUAUAUUCUGGAAUUUCUUCUUUAAUGUUCUUUAAUAAUUUAAAAAAUCAACUAUUAAACCCGGAAUUCCACAAAAUUAUUUAUCCGCAUCAUAAUAUUAUGCACAAUGUUCGGUAUAAAAUACCAAACAAAUAUUUUCGCCUUCUGUUUUAUUAUGUUAUUGAAUUAAAAAUGUUAUUUACAAGAUGAAAUACUUAUUUUAUAAUGUGCGGUACUUUAAUUUAUAACGUUGUUUUUUUUUCCAAUUUUUUUCGUUUGAAAAAAUGCCAAAACAAACUUACCUACAAAAAAUCGAGCGAUACGUAUAUACGUGUAUAUUAUGAUUUAUUGAAACAAUUACCACUUCACACUGAAUAAAAUAUGUGUUUUUCUUUAUGAAAACUUCUAAGUAAGUAGGUAUGGAGUUUAAUUUUCAUCAAAAUGCACAUCAUUGUAAAUAAUAUUUGUUCAGGUAAAUAUUUUAAAUUUAUACUAUCGGCUUAUUUUCAAUUGUAGAUGGCAAUUUGUUACAUUUUCAUUAUAGGUACAACUACAUUUAUAUUGUAUUAGAUAGCUAUAGGUACAAUUUUUCAUUUAAAAUACAUGCAAAGAGCACAAUAGUUUUCUUAAAUACCUAAUCGGUUUGUUUUAAAUUGAGAUUGUUUGAUGUUUUAAUGUUGAAUGUAAAUAUAUGAACAACAGUAUAUGGGAUUAAAUUUAGACUAAUUAUAAUACGUACCUAAAGUAUAUUGUUUAGUAAAUUCUUGUAAAAUACUUAUGUCAUGGACUUGAAUUUACUACAUAUAAUGUUUCAAUGUUUUAACCGUAAAUUCACUUUUUCGCUUUUAUACACAAAUAAACUAAUAUAUUUAUAAAUAAACAUAUUAUCAUGAUAUACAUAUAGUGUCAUUUUAAUCAACACAUAUUUACAUAUUUACUUACUUACUAGGCACAUUUUUUACUUCAUAGAUUGUACAUUUUUACUUAAUGAAAAUAAAAACUGACACGCAUAAAACCAAAAUUUCAAACAGAUGUUUUACACAACUAAACAGAAUGGUACCUAAAACUGUCAAACCGAAAUUUGUGUAUUUGUCUACAAGGAGGUCUCUUUUUUCCGUGCUCAUAUCGGUCAUCUCUAACAUAGUAUUUCUAUAAUAAUUUAUGUACAACUCUGUAUCAUUAUAGUGCCGAUAGGAGCGGUGUUGUGUAUACAUGUAUAAAAGGUACUAUUAGUGAAGUUGAGUUAGUUACUAUUAGUUAAGUAGUUACAUUAAGUCGAUGUUUUUGUACAGAAAUAAUGGUAAUUAUAUACAAUAACCGUGUAUUUACUUUUACAAAUAUUAAAUAUUAUUUUUGUAUAAUUUUUAGGGUAUAUGAUAAUAACAUGAAUAAUAACAACAAACAUGAGUAUUAUUCCUUAUUUAGAUUAAUUAAAGAUUAUUCAAAUUUAGAAUUUAGAGCAUUAAGAUAAGAUCAGAAAUCUCCAAAUUUUUUUCGCAUUUAAUUCAUAAAAUAUCAAGUUUAGAAAGUUUAAAAAAAAAAAAAAAAAAAAAUGAAACCCUUAAAAUAUACAGCCUAAAUUGUAAUAAAUGUAAACCAUGACAAAUACCUAGGUACCUCUUAUGAAACUAACUAGACUAAAAUUGUAUAAAAAAAAAUAUGCUUAUGAAUUAACCGACAGAUUAUUGAGAGGUGUAGAUUUGUUUGUAACCAUAAUUCAUAACUUUAGUCACUAUAAUUAAAUGUAUUGCAUAAGAAGUUUAAUAUUUAUUUACGAUUUUAAUUCUUGACUAUACUGAUAAGUAAUAAAACAAAUUUAAAAAAACUGAGAGAGAAAUAGGAAUAUUAAAAUUGUAUACAAUUAUCUAAAAAGUAUACAAAUAAAAGUUAAGGAAUAUAAUAUUCCUAAUAUCUUGCACUUAAUUUCCAUAACACCGUGUGUACAAAUAUUUUGAUAAGUAUGCAUCUGAUAAUAGUUUUAAAUAGGUAAUUAUACCAAUGUUGUUAAAUUUAUACAGUUUGAAAUAAUUGUUUUAUCGUUUCUGUUUCCAUCAAUAGAGUUGUUUAAAAAGACGGAUAUACUUCGCAUAAUGAGUAGGCCACUGUUGUAGGUGAGAUGUAGGCUGAUGUAGGGAAUUCAAUUUAUAUCUGUAUGUAACGAUAAACCAUUACUAACGAAAAACUAUUCAGAGUGAAAUUUCUUUUAUGCAUGUAUGUAAAUUUUCCCGGUUUUUCCAAAUUAUUAUGAAAACCGAUUGGAAAAUCAAAAUAUAACCUUCCAAUAGUAUCACCCAUCCAAAUAAAAUUUGAUUUCAGAAAAUGUACUACACUUGAAUAUCGGAGCAAGAUUUCUGAUAGAAAAGUUAAGCACAGAUAAAAUAAAAAAAAAUAAUUCAUUGUAAAACCAAUACAUUCCUUUCUCCGAACAGAAUCUAAAAUAAAGGUAGUUUCCAUUUAAAAAAAAAGUUUUAUUAUAUAACUAAAGAUUUUUAAUAAAACAAUGAUUUUGAUUUUUUUUUUUUUUUUUAAAUAUCUACUUCGCUAAAGUCUAAACUUUUCUUUAUCUUAUAGAAUACAAACUAAGUAAUUUGGAACUUAAACUUUCUACUGCCAUGACUAAAAUUCAAUACCAACUUUGUCGUCUUUGUUCGAUACUUAAACGUUAAUUCCUAACUGAAUAAUUUAAUAUACGCACAGAUUGCUCCCAUUUUUUAACCAUUAGUUACUUCAAUAAUUAUUACCCCCCCGAAUCUGUAAUCUGUAUAUACAAAUAAUUUAAUAUUUAAAAAAUAUUCGGUUAUAUAUACGGACAUAAGAACAAAGCGACGGACCUACUUUGUAUGAUGAGUGGGCCACUGUUGUAGGUGAGAAGUUGAGAAGGUAGGAUAUAGAGAGAAAUUAUAUAAUUAUAUCUGUACGAAACUAUUUAUUAAACGAUUAAAAACUACUCUGAUUGGAGUUCGGUUACACAUUUUUUGUAAUUUUAAUAUUUACAAUAUUCGUCGAAAUGUGGUAUUAAAAAUCUUAUAAAAAAAAUUCUCCAUUCCAUUCAAUUUUUUUUUUUUUGUCAACUUCAAAAUAUGAUUUAUAAUGAACAUCCUCUUGAAUUUCUAAGCUUUUCUGUUAGGUCUAUCAAUUUUAUUUACAGAGAACCUACCAAACAAAAAUAAAACGUCUAUAAAUUGCUCAAAAAUGGUUAAAAUGUUUUGAAAAUUUUACCACGUCUAGAAAAGGCAAAUACAAUAACCAUAUUUGUCCAAAUUUUAAAUCUUCACAAAUAUUUUUUACUAAAUUACAAAAAAAAAAAAUUGAAAAUAAUAAAUGUAUUUUUUUCGUAAAUUUUCCCGUUUUUCUACCAACUUUCUCGGUUUUCUCAAUUAACAUGAAAACCGCUUUGAAAAUUGACUUUCAUAUAAUACCGACCUGAUAAUAUUUUCUUUCAGAAAAGGUGCUACACUUGAAAAUCGGAGCUAUAUUUCUGGUAGACAUUUUAUAGACGUUUAUAAGUGUUUUUUUUUUUCGAUUUUACGUACAAUAAGUCCCGAACUCUAAUUAUUAAUAAUUUUUUGUGAACUAGUAUUAAAUAUACAUAAAUACUGAAAUCUGAAAUUCCGCUGAAUAUAGCAUAAUAUAAAGGUUGACACGAAAUCUAUUGUUUUAUUUACAAAUAUUAUUGACCGAUGGCACCGAAUUUUGACUGAUCAUCGCAUUGAUUUCCAUGGCUUUUGUAUUUUUCAAUGGUGCCUCUAUAGUGCCUUUUAAAACAAAAUGCUUCAGGGCCCUAUUUCUAAAACCACAAGAUUGGACAGAUUGAGUGAAAUUUCAAAAAAUUCAGAAUAAUUAUUGUUUAGACACAGUAGGGUAAUAACGAGCCAUACAACGUGAAAUUAAAUUUGUAAUAAAAACAGUAGGUAGGCGUAGUCGUAAAAAAUCUUUAACUACAUUAAGUACUUACUAUAAUAAUUGUUGUGAAUUUUUCGCGUUUAUUAUUAUACCUACAACACUACGCACAAGGUGUGACAUGCAGUAGUAAACAAUAUCUAACUAAUAAUAAUGUUCGCAAUUGAAAUGUAGGCGACAUAACAUAUACAUAUAUAUAUAGUGUGUAUGCGAAGUUCACUUCUGUUACCCACCGGUGUUUUACUUAUGGAAAUGAGUGCGCUAUGGCAGGUGUUUUAUAAACGAAAUAGGUACGCACGACAAAAGAACGCGCAAACACGAUAAUAAACUAUUAUGAUGGAAUAAUAAUUUUGAAUUUAAUGUAUAUAUUUAUUUCCAAAUAUGUGAACUCGAUAAGAUCCAGGACCGGACGGGACUUAUGGCACGCCGGGAAGAAUCCCAAUGGCAUGGUCUAAAAUGUAUGUCCAUUAUUGGCCUGACUGAAAAUCAAUAGGUACUUACCUAAAGACAAAUUUAAUUAUACAAAUAACUAGGACAUGAACACAACAUAUCUUGAACUACGUAUCGAUUUUUCGAUCACUUUUGAGAAGCCAAACAAUUUCUGUCUAUAAAAAAGUAACAAAAAAGUAGAGAAUUUCAAAUAUAGUUAGACAUAAAUAAUGAACAACCUGAAAAAUAUUCCCGGUUUGAAAUAUUAUCGCAGUCCGCUUGAGCUUUCAUGAUUCCUCCGACGUUUAAAUCAUAAAACAUGUUCGUUUUAUGAUUUUAUCAUUAUCUUAUUCUAAUAUAGCUUUGGUUUGUUUUAUAUUUCGAACGUAGCGACGGAGCUAUUGGUUUUAUAAUGCUGUUUAUUUCUUUUUUCUUCUUCAUCUUCUAGUCUUUGGACACGUUUUUUCCUAGUAAACUUGCUACGAUUUUGACGUAUACAACUUUUCUGAAAGCUCAAGUUGUUUAGAUUGUACUUUAAACAUGUCAUUUUUUUGAUUUUCGGUACAAUUUUUUUUAAUAAAAACACUUAAGUGGGUAAAACGUAGAAAACGUACAAAAGCACGAUUUCAUUAUUUUAUAAAAACAUGGACGACGUCUUCUACCAGAAAAAAUGAUUUAAUAUAAAAAUUACAAGAUACUUUUUUUGUUGCUUUUUGGAUUUAAUUUCUUACGGUAUCAUUGUAAAAAAUGUUGAGCCACUUUUGAGCUUUCAAGAAAUUUUAAUUUUUGGGAGUUUUUUUGCUGUAUGUAAUUCGGUUAUAAAUACACGUAGAGACUUGACACUUGGUAAUAAUGCUUAUAUUGGACUUAACUUGACGUGGUAAAAUUUCCAAAAUCAUCGGACGACUUUCUUUUUUUUAUUAAACGUUUUAAAAUUAAAUUUCAUCGAAAAUAUUAAAAAAAAAUACGGCACUUCAAAUUAUGUAUUACCGAACUGCGCUCGGAAUCGUCUUUCGUCAAGCAAUGGUUUACCGUUGCUUACAGAUAUAAAUAAAAUAACCUUAUGUAUCCUACCUUCCCAAUUUCUCACCUACAACAAUGACCGCUCCCAUCCCUAGUAUCAUCUCUUUUUUAAUUUUUUUUUUUUAAUCAAAUUUGCCAAAUAAUCAUCGGAGACUUUGAAAUUCUCGUUGAUGGUAGACAUAUAGGAAACUGUACAAGUAUGCGGUUUUAACUGUUAACUCAAGUAUUUUUUUUGAGUCAUAUUGAAUUCGUGUAAUUUUUAAUCAAUACAAAAUUUUGAUUUUUUAUUUCCAUGCUGGUCUAUUAUGAACGAAAAAUUAAAUUGAAAUUUGUAAAUAUUGUAUGCCAAUAAAAUUACUACUCAACUGAUGUGAACCGUGAAAAAGAAAUAGUGUUAAGAUUAAUGCACAGCUAAUUACAAUUGCAAUAUCAGUAAAUGUUACUAGAAGUAGUUAACGUUUAUUAAUUAGUAUACUGCCUUUAGGAGAAAAUAAUAAUAAAGUGUAUUGUUUUAACUAUGUUAUUCAGUGUAUAGUAAAAAAAAUUGUUAUUUUUUUUUAUUUGGCUUUUCUGUUUUGACUGUAGUUUUGUCUUCUAUGCAAUUUUUUUAUGAUUACAAUUACUUUUUAUUUUAUGAUUUUAAGCCAUUAUCAUUAUCAUGAAACUGUUGGCAUGUUAUCAAUUGAAAUACAACCAAUCAGGGCUCAUUGUUUACUAUAGAUCUUUAAUAAUGUGUGGUAUAUGUUUACAUGCCGACGGGACAGCUAUAUCUUCUAUAAGUAUAUGGAGGGUACAUGGAAGAAACCAGAAAAGUCACUUUUUUUCCAAAAUGACGAUAUCGAUAUCAGAUAAUUAGUGUUGACGUGCCAUAUUUUUUAUGCGAUCGAAAUGGAGAAAAAACCAAUUUUGUCGAAAGUAAUAAAUGCCAGAAGUUUAGACAUACGGGGAAAAAAAGACAGAUAGUCAAUUUACAACCAAGUAAGUGUUGGGUUAGUACACGACUAUCGGGCUAUAGCCUUGGUUAAUAAUAUAAUAUGACAUCAUUAUGUUGUGGUUACUACAUUUCAAAGUUUAACAUUAAACUUAAUGCGAACUUUUUAAUCUAUGAAAAAAAAACGUUAAGUUUUUAAAUUAAAUACAUGUUUUUCUCAGUUGGAAAAAGAAAGUGACUUUUCUGGUUUUCUCCCUGUACCCUUCUUCAUGUAUAAAAUAAUAUGUUCUUAUUGACUGACUGAUUUAUCAACGUAGAGCAUAAAUUACUGUCCGGAACGGGCUGAAAUUUGGCAGACAGAUUGCUUUAUGACGUAGACCUCCGCUAAGAAAAGAUUUUUGAAAAUUAAACACCUAAGGGGGCACAAUAGGGAUUGUUAGAUAUUUUUAGUACAAAUUGUUUAUUUAUAUAUUUUUGUUUAUAAAAGGAUUACCUUGAUGAUACGGAUAAUAAUUUGAAUAUCAAGGACAAGAAAACUAUUAUUAUUAUUAAACAAUUAUAAUAAUAUUAUAUUAUUAUUUAUACUAUUAUCUAGCAAUAGUAAAACCAAAAGCAUUGCCGAGUCAGCUAGUAUACAAUAUAAUUUAAACAAAAUUUUAACAGAUAAUUGGUUAUCUCAUUUAUCUUUAUUUAGCAAUUUUAUGUGUAUUCCUUAUAUAUUUUAUAUUAAAUUUUAAAAAUUAAUUUUGAAUAUCUAUACUUGUUUUUUUUUUUCAAGUAAAAAUUUAAAACAAAUCAUUUUAAUUUAAAAAAGAAAUAACUUAAACAAAAUUGUUUAUUUUUAUUUAAAACGAAAAAUUAUUAUUACUAAUAUUUUGUUUACUAAUAAAAAAUUAGUGCAUUAAUGUAAAAUAAUUUAUUUGUUAUGUUAUGGUAUGUCAUUUGUACGUAGUUCAAUACUGCUACUACUUGGUAUAUACAAAUUAUGAUAAACCUCGUCAAAUAUUCGACCAUUAAAUAUUUCAAACUUUAUGAUAUUUUUAAUCAACAUUAAAGUUUUCAUUUUUAAAAGUCCUACAAAUGUAUGCAUGAUGUACUACGAGUAAAACCCACGAAAACCGUAAUUUUCCGAUUUUUCCUUACUCAACGACCAUCCCAGCUGGCCCUUUGCAAAUCGAUUUUUGGAGCUAAUUUAUUGUUGAGUUUAAGAUUCGAAAUUGAUAUACGCCAAGAAAGAAUAACGCGGUACCAUCAUUGUCGGAAAAUAUAAAUUGUCUGAAAAUCGGUCCAGCUAUAUGAAAAUGAUUUAUACUUAUUUUGAACAUCAACUGUCAAAAAAUAAAAAAAAAUAAAAAAAUAAAAAAAACAAAAUUUAAAAACUAAUGAUCCGUGUCCAUUAUCGGGAACUCAACGUUACUUGUUUUUCAAUAAUAUUAUUAUUCAAACGAUGGAAAACGUCCAAUGUAUUUGUGAUAAAUGAGUGACAUAAACGUUUCUAUUUAUUAAAGUCCAUAGGUCCACUUGCGAGGGUACCCGUUUUUAUAACGUGCCCAGCGAUUAGUUAUCGAGCAUAAUAAAUCUCGAUUGUAUGCAUUUUACGAACUGACCGACAUUGCAUAAUAAAUUCACAGCGAGUGUGUUUUCGCUGCACGCGUAUAAUAAUAUACUAAAACGGUCUUAGCAGUAAGUUCAUAACUCAUAAAUACAUAAGUGCAUAUCGUCGCAAAAUUACAGCAGGUAUAUUAAGGACGCGUUUAUGUACUGUUAGUAAUAAUAAUAAUAAUAAUAAUAAUAAUAAUAAUAAUAAUAAUAAUAAUAGUUUCACGAACUUAACGGUAACUGCCCAGUUUAAAAGUUUAAUAAAUUAAACGCAAAACGUUUUAUCGAGGUAAUUAUAAACGCUCACGGCUUUAUUAUGUAUAACACAUAAAAUUAUCGCUACAGUAUGUCAAAUCAUAUCCGGCGACGCUCGAUAUAAUAAUAUAACGUAUUAGAUUUCGCAAAAAAAUAUUACACGCGAACGCGGAUUUGGUAAAUUCAGUCCCAUCACUUCCAGUUUUAGGUCAAACGGGUCCCGCCUAUAUACACAAAAUCUUGUGAUGUGGUAAAUUGAGUCCCGGAUUAUAAUUAAAUGGUACUGUAGCUUAAUAAUCGCGUCCCCCGGGAGACGGCAUGGUGAGAUCAUUAGCUGAAACGUCUCAUAAAAAUGUUUUUGUAUUAGUGUAUGUAAAUUUUUAAACGAUAUAGACUUCAUAAAUUCAAAUUACUUAUAUUUAUGCAAAUUAUAUAUUUUGUUAUAUCAAUUAUUUUUUAUUUAGUGAAGAAAUAUCGCAACUGUUGUUGUACACACGAUUUAAUAUUGCCAAAAAUACAACAUUCAUAUAGAAUUAGACAUAUUGAGUAGGGGUAAAAUAUUGAAACUAGUAUCAAAAUAAAAACUCAACGAUUCCAUAAUAACUUUUAAAAAAUAAACAGAAUCUAUAUUCACUUAAAAUCCUUCGAAAAAAUUGCUGGUUCGUAAAAAAUCAUCCUGUAUGGUCUUUAUAAAUUUAGUACGCAGCAGUGGUGCUAUUCUUUCGGUUUAGUAACCUGUUUUUUUUUUGUUCGAAAACAUAUUUUACAGCAUAAUAUCUCGUGCCUCGUACAGUGAACUGAUUUAUUUAUCAAAAAGAGGAAGAUUUCUCUCUAGGUGCAUUGAAAUUGGAUUUCGAAAAAUAUAUUUCUAAACUAAGAGUUUGAGUAUGAUCAAUUUUUACCAUUGUUUUUUAAUUCGUUUUUUCUUUGUGUAGUUUACAUAACCGAAAAUCCAAGUCCAAUACGUCUCUAUAAGCAAUCUUCCUCUCUCUAACAGAAAAAAAAUGUUCUGAAUUGGAUCAUUCUGUACUGCGAGCCAUAGGAGUUUUUCUAGUAAAAACUGUUUGAGUAAAAAAAAAAAAAUUGGUUUUGUGCAGGCCCCUAUCAAUAUAAAAAUUAAGAUCGUAAAUGUUAAUAAUCUGAAAAAAAAACGCGCAAGACCCUUAAAUUGAUCUAUUUCAAACUAAGAUAUAAUGUUUGUGUUAAGUAAGUACAAGUAUUUAUUUGAAAAUAAAGUAGUUGUUGUUAUUCAUUAAUAAUCAGUAUUGGCGCGUACCUAUACCCAUAGAGAAAAAAUAAAGAUCUUCAUAAUCAAAUAUAAGGUAAUAAUAUUUUAAGUAGGCAAUAUAUUAUUUUGUUCGAAUAAUUAUAAUAUUAUCGUUUGUACAUGCUCAGAAAGUAUAAAAAAAAAAAAAAGAAGAUGAAUGAUAAUGAUUUGUAUAAUUGUCGAUGAGUAUCUAUAGUAUAGGUAGUGUAUACGAUUAUAGCACGGCGAGCAAUUUAUAUUCGUGAUUACGAAAACCGCGCACAUUGUUGUCAUCGGAUCGCGUAUAUUUCCGACUACCGCAGCUGUGUACACACGACAAAUCAAUAGUAUAAGCCAAACAUUGCAAAAUUUAGCGGAAAAAAUUGGCAAGGUUUAAUUACGAUGUACCUACAUUGCAGCGAUUCGCGGGUUUAUUAAAAUGAAUAAUAUUGAUAAAAAAAAAAAAAAAAAAAAAAAAAAAACGACGCGGCGUCGGAGCUGUUACUAUUGUCGGGUACCUCUGUGCGUUGGGAAACGCCGUAACAACAUAACCGUCGCCGGUGGUUCUGAAAAAAAAAAAAAAUGUCAGUCUGUUGCGUCCGCGUACAAUGAUAAUGAUAAUAAUAAUAUUAUAUUGUACAUCCGGACAACGUGAUAGGAUAAUGAUAACAUACCGAUGAUAAUGUAACGCGCGACGACAAUCCGUUCAUCGUGUCAUCGUCAUACUGUUGUAUAUAUAUCGGGUGUUUUUUUUGUGUGCGUAUGUGUACCUGUAUAGAUGAAAAAGAGUAUAUUAUCGGCGAACUGGCGAAUAUUAUCAAAGACCAAAGCUAUAGGAUGCAAAACAAUCGCCGGGACGUCGACGAGUACAUCCCGCCGCAAGUCCCCCGGAAACGGAUAACAGCCAACGAGAAAAAUCAGUUGUCGUUCACGUACGACAUGCGGUCGAACAUGCCUACCGUAAACACGGGCAAUCGGGAUGUACCUUUUGCCGUGUUGCCCAACGACCGUCGAUACUAUCAAACAGGUAGCGGCCGCGGCUGUGGUGAUGGUAUAGUUGUGGUUGUUCUUCGCUUUCGAGUCGUUCUAUUUUUUUUUUAUUUUUUUUUCUGGUUUUUUCUGGUCGUAGUGCAUGCCGGCGACAACCCACGAGUACACUACAAAGUCAAUAUUGAGAUUUGACCACUACAAAGUCAAUAUUGAGAUUUGACGUUUAGAAAAAAAAAAAAAAAUUAACAAAAGUAUACAUAUUAGAAUUUAGAAACGCAUGGUUUAGAUUUACAGUCGACGCAUUUUGUAAAUAUAACUAUUAUAUACUGCAGGGUGUAUCUGAUUUAUCCGUAAUGCGGCAUCGGCGCGGCGUCAACAAUAAAUCUGAAAAAAAAAAAAAAAAUCUAAUGACUUAUAAAAAAUAGUUGAGGUGUCCAAAGACGACAAAUAUCUCAACGUUCUUCAUAUUUUGGUUCCGUAUUAAAAUUCAAUAUUAAACGAGAUGAUUGUCGUAAGGUUAAAGUCCCGCAUUUGCAAUACUUAGAAUCGAACUCGGAGAGUCUGCUCUCUGGUGGCAGUUUAUUUUACCAAAGUAAGGGGGCUCCGUGAUAACCGGACCGUAUAAAUUGUAUUGUAGUGCACUAUUUUCCAACGACGACGCACGAAUGAACAUUUUAAACAAUAAACUAUGACAAACGAUUUAAAUAAGCAUAAGGGUGCCCCCCUACAAUAAACGACAUCAGCGCUACCUACGGUUUAAUUUCAAUUCCAAUAGGCUUUCGAUUGCACUCACUAACACCAUCAUAAUUCACAAAGUUUUUACGGAUAAAUCUGAAACAACCUGUACAUAAAUAUAUUCCAUAUUAGUGCGUUAUUAUAAUUUAAGUACAUCUGUAUUUGUAAUCGGUGAUUGUAUUAGUACUAGUUAGUUAUUAGCAACAAAAUAAAUUAAUGUUAAAUUGCAUGCGGUUACCUAUUGUUUGUGUGAUUUUAAAUAAUAAUUGUAAAACUGAACGGUAAAUGGAUAACAUAGAUACUUUUUAUCAUUUCGUAGGUAAUGUACUGACGAUUUUGUUGUUUUAUUUUGUUUCUGGAAAAAGAUUUUACUGGUAAUUUGUUGGUCCCGGAGGAAGCGGGGGGAAGAUAUCAUAAAAAAGAGCGGUCUAAGAGCAGCGAAGUACAAAAUAAUUUCGGCUAUGCAUCAGACGUAGGGUUCGUUGCGCAACAGGUAACCACGGAGAAUUCAAGCAGCAGUGAGGUGUCGGUGGAUAUACCGCAGACCACUUUCGUGCACAUGCCGUUUUCCACGCAUACAAAGUUCAGUCAAGAUGAUUACUAUUUCUACGGUACGUAUAUGACAACACAAUUUAAUUCGUUACACGAAUAGUUAUUAUUUUAGACCGUAGUAGAAAGAGGGAAAAUAGGGAAUGCGAUAAGAACGUAAGAAAAAACAAACAUAAAUAGUACGUACUACGGCUAUGAUAAUGUUAUGACCAUUCCAUAGUUAGUUUUUUUAAGGAUUUAAUUAAGUAAAUAUUUGUAGAUACCUACGGAUAUACGUAGGCAGGCUUGCGAAUUAGACAAUUAAAUAACGUAUGUUUAAUCGGGAAUAGUAGAAUUAUUUCGCUUUUCCCCUAAAUAAAAAUGGUCGAAUUUGCAUUUGGGUUCAAAAAAGGUUAUGACUGAAUUAAAAAUAUGCAACGUUUGAACUCUGAGAUGAUUGGACAAGCUUAUAAAACGCUUUUUAAUUGUAUAUUCACUGAUUAAUUACUAUUUAUUAUUAACUAUCCACUAAUACCAAGUGCGAAGGGAAAUUAGUAUUUUUAAAACUUUUAAAUUAUCUUUACAUUAAAUUUUUGUCAAAAACCUUUUUUGAUCCACGUGCAACUCGACCAAUACCUAUGUGAGUGCAGAACGGCCAUCACUUUUUUUUUUUUUAACCGAAAUGCGAUUAGAGUAUUUGACCUUAAACAUUUUAUUAACACUUCGUGAUAACAAACUAUAUUUUCUAAUAAUUAUCGUAUCCACAUAAGAAUAAUAUUAUUCUGAAUAUGUAGAAUUUGUUUAUAAGCUAAACGAUAUUAUAAUAGGAUCGUAGGAGUAAUUAAACAUAAUAUAUUAAUAUAUAAGGCUUGAAGACAAAGCGGGGUUUCGUUACCCGACCGUGUGUUUGUUCCUAAUUCAGGAUUUCUGACAUAAACUUGUAAUAAAAUUAAGAACUUCACAAAACUCUGUAUCGCAGAAUAUCAUUUUUGAUUAAAUCUAUUUGAAAGAUAUACCGUUCUACUUAAAGACAUGAUAGUUUUAAAUAUACGUGUAUCUACUUAUGUUUAAUUGGGGUUAAAAAAUAAAUUUAUCACAAGAAAAAUUCUUCAAUAAAAAUCCAAAUGUUCUAUAAAAUAUUGAGUAUUCUCAAUUUUUUGAUAAAAACAUUUUUCUUGUUAUAUUAUUCGAUAAAAAAUUAUCGUCGGCCUCAGAUCAUAUACUGAUAUGUAUGUGAUCUAAGUAGUCGGCUAUAUUCUAGUUGUUUUUAUGUGUCAAUGGUCUAUGGUAAUUGUUAAUACACGGUAACCACGGUCCACGACACAUUAUAGACUAUUAUUACAUUAUGUUCGUGGCCUAUUUUUAUAAUAAACCUAUAUAAUAUUAUAGACAUAUGCAAUAAUAUGUAAUAUUGUGCUAUUAAAUUAUUAUUAUCAUGUCAAUAUAGACAAAUAUAGUGUUACACUGUUUGGAAAUUUUCUCAUUUUGUUAAACUUUCUAUGUUCUGAUAACUGAUAUUCCAAUUAAUUUCCAAGAAAUUAACGUUACUAUCUACCUACGUGAAACAUUUGAUCAGUUCAAUUUGAUUUUCCAUUCAUCUCCAAUAAUCUAAGUUAGUUACCUACUUAAUAGUUAAUUUACAUAAUACUUUACAUUUGAUUUGGUUUGUCAAUUUACAUUUUAAACUAUUCACGAUUUAAAUUCAAUUUUUAAAAAAUAUAUACUUUUUGUUUAGUAUAUUUUGUUGACGUGUAACCCGGAACUAAAUUAGAAUUGUUUAAUUUUAUGUGUUUUCCUUAUCAUUUCAUUCGUGUUACCAACACAGAAAAAAAUAUACGGACAAACUUUGCACGAUGAACGGGCCACUGUUGUAGGUGAGAAAUUGGGUAGGCGGAGGGGAAAUUUAAUGUAUAUCUGUUCGCAACGGUUAACCAUUGCUAACGAAAAACGAUUCUGAGUGGAGUUUGGUUAACAGUGUUGCGUUGUCACCAGUAUAAUAAUAACAAUAAUAAUCUUUAUUACGGAAAAAAAAACUUCAUUUACAAAUAAUAAAAAUCAGUAACAGACUCUACACAGCAUUUUCACUUUUCAGCGCAUAUAUAUAAUAAAUAUUUUAAAUUAAAAAGUUUGAGAUUCUUAUUUAAUUUUUAUUGUUUUUCAUUUUUUAAUAAAAUAUAUUGUUUAAUUUAAUAUAAUUUCAAUAUGUAAUAUGUCAUAUUAUGGUAAAAUAAUUACAUAACAUGCAUUAUAUAUUUUCUUUAAUAAUAUUUGUUUGAUAUUGUACACAUUUUCCCGUUUUUCCUACGGUUUUUUCAGGUUUUCCACAUUUGUUACGAAAACAAUUGGUAAAAUCAUAAAACGACUUUCUCAAAGUACCACUUUCCUUUCAAAAAAAGUGUUAUAAUUGAAAAUUGGAGUAAAAUUGCUGGUGGGAAAAAUUGAUCACGGGGGAAAAUAAAGGCCGUAAUAUUUUACCAACACAUUUCGUACGUAUUUUCCUUUUCCCUUAGUUUCAUCCCAUUCAUUGGGAAAAUUCCUGAGAAAAUCUAAAAACGGCUUCCCCAAGGUACCACCCCAGCCAUAUUUCCCGUGUUGUUGACAUAAAAUAAAAAAAAAAAAAAAAUAAUAAUCAUCGUUGUACAACCAAUGCGCCGUCGAUCCGCUCAGAAUCUAAAAUUAAAUUAUACAGAUUCGGUUGCGGUUCCAUUUAUUAUUAUAUAGACUAUAUAGCAUAUAGGUUAAGUAUAGUAUAUUUUCAUGCGAGCAUAGAUAUUUUCGAAACGUCAAUUUAAGUACAAAAAUGUCAAAUUAAAAUCUAUUUAUAAUUUUGUUUCACGAUAAAAUGCAAUAUUAUAAAAUAUUCAUUAUUAUUAAUUUAUAGCGUACAAACCGCGGCGGUUUUGUGAAACGCUGAUGCGCCCACGCGCGUCCGUUAUGAAUAGGUAACAUUAUUAAUAAAUAAUAAUUAUUGGCGAGUUGACGUGCCAAAAUUCGAACGCCACGCUGUUGAAAACGCGAAUACUAUUGGAAAUUGCGAAACUACGAGUACAGAACAUAGACAAUGUUUAGCUGAUAUAGAGCGCCUAUACAACGCUAACCCGGGAAAUUGAUUACGGUUCAUAUCGCAAAUCUGUACAGGAUUCCGGCGGAAAUGUGUGAGCGUUUUUUUUUUUUAAUAUUUGGUUUUUCGAUCAGUCUUCAUAAAUGUCCCGGCAGUGUAUAUAGAUUGGCGUAUUCAUAGCCAUUUAGGCCGCGAGCAAUAAAUUACACGGAGGAAACACAUUAGUGUAUUAUACAAUGCACACACACACACACACACACAAUAUAUCAAUUAUUAAUUAUUAUUGUAUUCACACGGACCCGGUUCGACGACGAUAAAGUUUGACAGAUUACUCCCCCGGACGCGCGAUCGUAUUUUCGUCGUUUAAUCACUCUACGUCCCCGUUCGUAAGUCCGCUGCACGAUUAUUAUCAUUAUACACCUAGACGUAAACGAGCAGUUUCUCGGUCCUUGAGUCAUAAUCAUUAUUAUAGCCGCGUAUAGGUAUACAAUUAAUGUCUAGUUAAAAUCAGCCACGGUAAAUACGUCGCAAUUUCAGCGGAAAGGAAAAACGUAGGUACACCCGUUAUUCCCAUUUUCAAUUAAAAUGAUUGUAGUGACGGUUUUUCAAAUUUCCUCCGAAUUCGUAGAAUUUAAAAUUUUGUUCACGUUUUAAUCGAUCGCCUUUAAUGGUACCAUAAGACUCUGCCAUUAAUCUAUUUCUCGUCAUGCGUUUUAGUCAAUUAAGGGGUAGUUGCAUGGCAGUUUUCGCGGGCGAAUAUGACGUUUUACCAAAAGCCAGACAAAACCGUACGCAGGAAUUGUAUUUGCCGGAUUUCAAUUAUAAAAAAAUAUUAAGCAAAGAAAAUCUUAUUAAAAUCAUGGCAUUUCAAAAAUAUUUAGCCGAACUUUGCUCAGAAUCGUAUUUGAUUAGCAAUGGUUAAUCGUUACGUACAUAUGUAAAUUAAAUAACUUCAUGUAUCCUACCUUCAUAACAUUCCAAUUACAACAGUGGUACACCCAUCACUCAUCAGUAGUAUCAGAUCAUUUUUGAAAAACCUUUAAUUUUCAUUUUCAAAUUAAAGGGCAAAAUAAUUGUAUAAUUUUGAGAUAGUUUAAUAGGAAAUUAAGUUUUUAUUCCCAAGUAAAGAACUGAACAAAGAACAAUAUGUUUUAAAAAUUUAAAUCCGUCAAAGGUAAUUUCUACAGUUUUCUCUAAUUUUAAAUCUAAAUCGACUAAAAUAUACACCUAAUCCCUAAAACCACGUAUUUCUUUUUAAUCGCAAAAUUUGUUUCGUUUUUUUUUGUUUCCUCAAGCGGUAGAGUGAAAAAAAAUUGCGUAAGAGCUUUCUGUUAGAAUUUUAGAACAUAGUUCAGUAGGUCGUUGGUUUUUUUUUUUUUUAUACUUACAAUAUAACGAAGAAAAUAAACGUCAGAAAAACGGGAAUAAAUUUAUACGCAACGUUACGCGCCGCCAGGUUUUGCCAAAAUCGAUUUUUAUUUUUAUCUUUUGUCAUAAUUCAGUAAGAAAAUGCGACUAUAGAAACCUAAAAUUGUUACUGAUUUCUUGCACUAUAACAUUUUCUAGGCUACGUGGUAUGAAUUCCAAAAUAUUUUAACUUUGAGUUUUAACAAUUUUUACUUAGUAACGUAUAAACGCUUGAAAAAUUAAUUAAUGACAUAGUACAUUGAGAUAAAUUGAGGUAAAUUACUCAUUUCCGUUUGGUUUUUUAAACGACGAACAAUAAUAAUGUAGAAAUAAAACCUAAAAUCCAAUGAAAUUCGCCCGUGUUUUCUAUUGCAAAUCAUACUCAUCGUGUUGUGCUUCAACUAGAUAAGUACAUUUUUAUCUUUUAUCUUGUCCAGAUAAGUGAGAAAUAAGUUAGUUGAGCCAUUAUCUAAGAUAAAUAAUUGAAUCUUCAAGACAAAUCUUUUUGAAUUGGAAUUUACAUUUUAAUUAGAAAUAAUGAACAAAAUGUUUUAUUUAUACUAAUAUGGAUUAAUAAAUAAAUUAGUCAUUACUUUACGUGCAGGUACCGAGUUCGAUACGCUUUUGACAACACUUAACAAUUAUAGUUUUAUGAUAGGUUAGUAUCAUAGUUAGUAUGAUAGGUUUUAUGAUUUUAACAAAAUUAUAUUAUUUUUUAAUUAAAAAGUGUUUGAUUAUUUCUUAUCUAGAUAUUUUAAAUCGCUAUCCUAAAACGCAAAAUAAACGCGUAUCGAUGUCGUAUUUCGAUGACCACGACGGUUUUCGUGUACAAUCUCUCCAGAGUAAAGUUAAAAUAAAUGCCAUCGCGUCGUUAUUAUAAAAUACGUGUAUAUAUAUAUAUAUACGUAUUGUACGUAUAUGUACACACUAAGAGAUUAAUUCGACACCACGGGUUAUACUCUCAAGUCCUAUUGUAUAGCGACCGUAAUUUAAAAUCGAUGACUUUAAAUGACUUUCAAAUAUUUAUGCUGCCGGGCUUAUACUAUAGGUUUUAUGUUCCGCCGAGCGGUUGAAAAUAUUAGAAAGAAAAACAGACCCAUUCGCCCGGGCGUUUUAUACGUUUGUCGAGUAUUAUUCCCAGUGCUAACGCUUAAGAGAACAAUAGAUGGCAUGCUGCCAUCUGCAAUUUUAUUAUAAAAAAAAGUUUUUGCGCAGGAAACACUACCCGGACUAUGUACUUAAUUGAGAAGUAAACAAUUUUCACCGUAGAGAAAGAGAACUUGUAUUGUGCAACGUUGGUUUUAUUUUUUUUUGACAUUAAAAAUGUAUAAAAAAAAGUUGUGAUAGUUGCGCAGUGCAAGUUCUCUUUGUUUUGUGGUAAAAAUUUGUUUUUUUUUAUAUAAGUCUAGUCCGAGUAAUGUAUGACCACGCAGAAUGAUUUUUGUUGAUUUCACGAUAUAAAUAUAAUAAAUACUGGUGAUAAUAACACGGGGCUGGUUGUAAGUGUAUUUGAAUAUCUAUUUGGUGAUGAAAUUUCAUUUUCCCGAAAGUUUCGAGAAAAUUGCCUAUAAAAGACCUCUUAAAUACAUUUACGGGAUGCAGUAUGUCCUCUUAAAGCCAGGAUAAGUAAGGUUAGGUUGGAUAAAUUUAUUAGUAUCCAUUAUGUUAUUAUCUCACAGCUUUUUUUAUUGUUUCAGCCAAAGCUGCCGGUUUCGGUCUAGCCGUACUAGUCGUCUUUAUCAUUUCGUCCAUAGCAUGUUUCAGGUGAGUUUCGAUAGAAAAACAAUUUUUAAACAAAUUCAAAAUACGCCCCCCCCCCCUCAAAAUGUAUACACCGUUAAAUAAUUACUAUUCGUAUUUGGUGUAUAUUUGUGUUUUUAGAAUGCAAAAGAAUAACAAAGCGGCUGCGGACAUAGAUUAUCCGGCGUACGGAAUUACCGGGCCCAAUAAAGAUUUAUCACCGACCGGCGACAGACGCUUGGCACAGUCGGCCCAAAUGUAUCAUUAUCAACACCAAAAACAACAGAUCAUAGCUAUGGAAUCGUAAGUAAUAAUUAAUUGCCGUUGGAUCAAUUUAAAGCCCCGACCGGAAAUUGUUUCGAGUAAAUUCCGUAUACGUGUCAAAAUGUGCGACUCGGCGAUGCUUUUUAGGAGUAAAAACAACAAUUAUCUUAUUUUUUUAAUGAUUUUUAGAGACACCCGGUAUAAAAAUAAAUACAGAGUACAAUGCAUUUUUCAAAAUACCAUAUCACAACAACAAGUAUUAAAAGUGUAAAUAAAAAAAAAUAAUGAUAUUUUUACCGGUGAUAUUGUCCUAUAUUAUGAUAUUAUAUUAUAGGUGGUGCCUAAUGCAAAACAAGUGUUAUACAAAUAUUGCUAAAAAAUUAAUGUCGAAAAUAUUGUUUUCUUCUGGCGUAAUAUUACAGUUUUUUUUUUUUUUAAACAAAUUCCGCGAAACAUAAUACAUCGAUUUUAACUAAAAAAAAAAAAAAAAACACUCAAAAUUAUCAUCCGAUUCGAAACGAGAAAACAAUAUGAUAAUAAAUCCAAACAACUUUUAAACAAAUGUCAUAUCGUUUUAAACUUACUACCGAAAUUAUACAUUUCUGAUUUUUUGAAAAUUCAAUGUUUUCGGAUAUUUUAGAAAAAAUUGUUGACUAUACGCGCAUCGGACGUAUAAAUAAUUGAGCAUUUUUUUUUUUUUUUUUACUGGACAUCAACAUAUAUUUUGGACAAUUAAAUAUUGAGCGUCCUGUAAUAUUGCGUUAUAAUAUUAUCGAUAGUCCGUCAAAACUCUGGCUGAAUUACGCGUUCAUUUGAACGACCAUUAUGAUUAUUGUUAUUUUUCGUGAUCGUGACCCUCUGCCGUUAACCCAGCCCGACUAACCUAUUUCGCGUACGGAUACCUAAUAAUUAUAAUUUACAUUAUUAUGCAUGCACGAAUUAUCGCACACCACCAAUCGAGCGCCCCGGUAUUCCGUUAUACGUCAUUCGCCGGUCCACAACAAUAAUUAUACACGCGUACCCCGCUAAAUGACACUUCAAGUACACCACACGCGUUGUAUUGUUAGGGCGACAUCGGCGAAUCGGCCUUUGCCUUUGUCCGUAAGCGUCGCCGUUCGUGUACGACGACAACGACCAAAGUUAAUGAUUUCCACGGGCGUUUGUAUUAUCAAUUCGCUACGGGGGAGGGAGGGCUUUAAAUCGCAGAUGUACUCAAAGAAACUCAAACGCUUUCGUCUCGCGAACAUAAUAUAAUAAAUGCGCACGCGGAGGUUUAACGGUUCACGGGAGACUGCGGUAAAUAUAAUUUUGAGACAGACAAACGCGUAAGUAUAUGUAAACCCGUCGACCGGCAGUCAAAGGUCCCGGAAUUUCUGCCGAGUUCCUAGGCGGAUUCCAGGGGUUUUACCGGCUCCGCCGUUUUAAUAUCACUUCUGCCAAACUUGUUCACAUAACACGCCGAUUCUGCCGAGCAUAUUUUUUAUGUCACCGACAGUUAAUCUUACGGAUACAAUAAAUAUUAGAUCAGUAAUAAUAAUGAUUUUAAAAAAAAAUGCGUAUACAAUUUGUGUAGAUUAUCUGUGAGUGUUAUAAUCUUAUUGCCGUAUACAUAACAUUUACAUUGAUUCCAUUUUUUUUUUUUUUCCAUACAUUAUUAAACACUAUAACUGUGACUUUCGGUCAACUCGUAAUAAAACAACAAUUUAAAUUAUUUACCAGUGCCGAUUUAUAAAAUACACAUCAAUAUGUACGCCGGUCACGUCGAUUCACAUCCAGCUUUAUCAACGAAUAUUAUCUGUUAAAAACGAAGAUUUUCUACUCGAUUUUUUCUCGGUGUAUGAUAAUAAUAUUCAACGCCACAACUUCGAGUUUAAAAUUGCUUUGCUCACAUGGCAAAAUAUUUGUAGAUGGCACGGAUUUACUACUGUAUCUACGGUGUGUACCGAGUAUUAAUUUAAAAACAGUCGGCGGAAUCAAUAUGUGAACAAGUUCAGCGCAAUCGAUAUAUUUCUUACGGGUAAAAAGGUUAUUUCGGCGGGAUGGGUAUUCGUCCGAAUUCUAUACCAUAUACCUAUCCACCGGUAUAAGUGUAUACGUUUAAAUCGAAUUUAGCCAUAAGAUAUUAUAAUAGUAUUCACAUAAAAUAUUAUGCUGCGGUAUGGAGGCUUCUAUGAGUUUUUUUGCUAAACUAGUAUCGCUAAUAUAACUAAAAUUAUUAAGCGUAGAGUAUUUUUUUAGUGAAUAUCAAUUGCGUGUUUACUCCAUUCUCCCAUAAAAAACACUCCACGAGUCGAUAGACCGAACCUUCCCUUUCUUUCAGACUACCCGGGUACCUCUCCCUUCAAGAGUGAGAGUAUUUUUCCUACAUAAAAUAUACAAUUUUGUUACAAAAUCUACCAAUUCAAUUUGUGUCAUUUAUUUUCUAGUGGAAACACAGUCAACGAAAUCAUACUGUAUUGGGUAUCCAAAUGAGUUUACUGUGUGCCCAUUUUGACACAGAAGACCUCCUUAGAGGCCUUGGUAUAUAGUGAGUGAUAAAACAUAAAAUAAAAUGUUUUAUUAAAAUAAUUAAAAAAAAUAAAAUAAAUAUAUUAUAAAUUAAACAAGUAUAUAAUAUGAAACAUAAUAAUUAAAAUAAGUAAGUACAAAGAAACAAAUUGGUCUGGAAUAAUAUUGGUUAUGUUUUAUUUACGAAUGGUUUCGAUUUUAUAAAAUACAAACCAACAUACUUCCGGAUAAAAUUAUUUUUCUACUUAAUUAUUUUAGAUUUCUGAUAAAGUAGCAAAAAAAAUAAUAGUUUACUAAAAUGUGGUUUUACUUAAAAAAAAAAAAAAAAAAACACUAUUAUGGCUUUGUAUACUUAUAUCAUUUACAUAUAAUGAUUUGAGUUAAAAAAAAAAAAAAAAAUCGAAAAUAGCGUUGAAAUUAAACUCAAUGAUCAAAUGAUUCUAUACAGGCAAUAUUAUAAAGAAAACAAACAGAAUUCAAAUUCACUUAAAAUCUUAGAAUCCAAUUAAUUCGAUAUGAUAAAUGGAUCAUUCGGUAUACGUACAAAAAAAUUAAACUUAAAUGUUCAAAUGGUUCAUAGAAUUUUCGAAUUUUCGUAUAAGAUUUGCGUCUAUUAUAAAUCAUCCCACUGUGCGGUAAUGGUGCUUUUUAGUCGGUAAAUUAAAAAAUGAAAUUGUGAUUUAUAAGUUAUACUGCAGUCGUAGGAACUAUGCGGCAUAAAACGCCCUGCAGUGCUGGUGGUUUUUGAAAUUUUUAUUUUAGACUAUAAAUUAAAUUUAAUUACCUCGGUCGUUCACUUUAAAAAACAAAUUGAAAAUAUUGUAAAUUUAGUAGGACUGGACUUUUGAUCAGUCAUAUUCAUUUUGAACAAUUGACUGCAGGUCAAUUGACCAGUCAAGUAUGUACAGCUGUAUAACAUUUUUUUUUAUUUAAAAAUCAUUAAAUUCGUAGAUCUAAAUUUCAUUUAAAUUUUUCACUACUUAGUAUUUCCGAGAGAUAGAAAUAUUGGACAAAUUUCAAAACAUUGUAAUAUUAUUAACUAUCCAGUGACUGGUCAUCAAUUAUAAAAAUCAGAAAAUACUAAUAUAUUAAACAUCGUAUUAAAUAAAUUAACAGUUUAUCCACUAUCACGACAGUAAAAUAAACAAAAUUAAUUAGUUUUAACUGACCAUAUUUAGACCAUAAAAUGCUUUUUUUUUCAAUUGAUCGAGUGCUAACCUUAAAAUUUAGUAAAUUAGAAUUUUUUUUUUUAAGAAACAUACUAAAAAAAAAAAAAGAAAAACAAACAUACUUCGCACAAUGGACGGGCCACUAUUGGAGGUGAGAAGUUAGGAAGCUAUAAUAUAAAGGAGAUUUAAUGAAUAUUUGUGCGCAUCAAUUAAUCUUUGCUAACGAAAAACGAUUCUAAGUGGAGUUUGGUUAUUUAUGAUUUGAAAGACCGUCAUAUUUACGAAAAAAUUCUACAUAAAACUCAAUUUUUUUUAUUUUCACCACAAAGUACGAAUUAUAACGAACCUCCUGUCAAAUUUUCAAACAUUUUUGUUUGGUCUAACAAGGUUAUCCACAGAGUACCUACCGAAGCUCGCAAAAUUUAAAUGACUAUAAAUAGAUCAAAAAUUGCUCGAAUGUUUUAAAAUUUUACUGCGUUGAAAAAAAGCAAAUACUAGUUUACUGUCCAAAUUUCAAGUCUCGAAGAAUAUAAUUUAACUGAAUUACAACAAAAAACAAAAUUGAAAAUAAUACAUUUCGUAAAAUUAAGAAUUGAUCUUGCUAAUUUACCACCCAAAUAAAAUUUUCUUUCAGUAAAGGUUUUACACUUGAAAAAUCACAGCGAAAUUUCUGGUAAAAAAGUUGUUCAUAGAAAAAAAAAAUAAAUAUCAUUAUUAAACCAAUGCAUUUCUCGUUCCGCUCAGAAUCUAAAACUUUUGACCCGCCAUUCAUUGUGUACUAAACGCAUUUAUACCUACAUAUUAAUAUUAUACGUGCACGUGUUUUUGGAUUUCACUAUGUCUCCAGUUUUUAUAUUUGAAAUAAUAAUAAUAAAAGUAUUGUUGAAAUAUUUAGUUUUGGAUUAAAAUAACAAUAAUAAUUAAUACAUUUGUUUUUAUGAUUAUUGUGAUUGUAAAUUUGCAAUGUUACAAUGCCGACCUACCUAUUUACAAAUAUUGAAAGACUGAUUUUUAAUUUUUACUGUAUUCUAAAAAUAAAACAAUAAAAAAAACUCCGAGGGGUUAAACGCAAAGCUCUAUAAAAACCAAAUAAUAAGUGAAACUAUUUUCAUCGUCCGUUUAAAUUUCUUCUGAAAUGUCUAGAUGAAGUAUAACAUCAUGAAGUAAUAAUAGUAAUGUUAUGUCGUUCGACGAUGGUAGUUAAUCACAGUCGAAAUGGCGUAUCGACAUGUCUGUAGCUCAAAAGGGUCUGAAUAAACAGUCUAUAGAAUAGCAGAUAUAUCACUUUUGACACGACGGAUACGAUAUAUUUACAACGUUUGGGAUGGGUCAACAAUUUGCGUGGUCAUUUUUCGCCACGAACAAAAUUAAUACGACGCGCGUUACGUUGGUAUUUUUAGGAUGUAAAAACGAUCCGGCUGAACGCGAUAAAAUGCAAUUAUAUUUACUAUAAUAUUUACCGACAGUUUUUCCGUCUACAAAAAAAAAAAAACAUAAAAAAGAAAUUUAAAUUUAAAAAACAGGUAAUAGUAUAAUAAAUAAUAGACCAUUUAAAAAAAAAAGUGAAAAUCAGUCCCCCUCUAAAAUUAUGGAAACCGCAUAAAUAAUAUCCCCAAUUGACCAUUUUUCCAAUUUUUCAUGAAUAAUAAUUUUUGUAAAUUUGAAAAAAAUUGUAGAAACUUAACGGUUCAUUAUUAAAAAAUUUUUGCCAUAAUAUACUUGUAUAAUAGCUAUCUUGGAUUUUGAAAUGUUUUGUUGUUUAAAAUCGGUUUUUGGUUUGGAGACAAACACAUAUAGAUGAACGGCAAAUGUGCUAUAUACGUUUCUAUCGCUAAAUCUACAAUCGAUUUUAAAAGCAUUUUCGUUUGUUUUACGUGAAAAAAAAAUUUGCUCCUAGCAUACAUAAAUGACUAACGCCACUGUGACGGGCCUCUAAAACUCAAAACCUCACACGUCUAAUUAUCUUUUUAAAAUCUAUACAGUUUUGAAAUUGUUAAUUAAUUACUAAAAUAGAUUGAUAAAUCAUAAAAACUGCGUGCAUAAUAUGUACUUGUUUUUUUAUUCCUUUAAAUAUGCAAAUUUGAAAAUUAUUUAAAAUCACGACCGAAUCGUUAUUUUAUUUCGGUCACUGUGACCGAUAAAACGAGUAUUUAAUAUCGUGUACAUAGGACGUUUCAUAAAUAUUUACCAUAGUUUAAAGUAACCGGAGUAGUAAUGUAAACACCAUUAUCAUAAUGUGCCGCAUUGUGUUGGCUGUCUAAGCCCCGAGGUGUUUCUUGCGGAACACCAUUUUGUGUUUCUGUUAAACCUACCGAGUUGCAGAGUUUUACGGUGACGAAUUGUCAAACCGAUCGUACUUAACGUCACUUCGACCGACUGAUUUACAUAAAUUAUGAUCGUAAAAAAAAAAAUAACAAAACAAAUACCUAUACAACGAUAUUUUUAUACGUAUACCCGUGCAUAAUAUAAGUAAGCAAAAUUUAGUCCGGACUAUUAUAUCGGUUGUGUUAUGUUGACGAAUAAUACAGUUCAAGAUGAGUGUUUCAUAUAAAUAAUAAUUAUAAAAUUAUGUUUUAGUUUCCGAGCGCAACGAAUUGGUUUUACUACGAUGCGGUUUUCUUUUCUGUUCCUAAACACUGAUUUUUUCGACAUUAUUCUUUCUGCGAUCAUUGACCUGAGUGGUGGUUUUUGGUAGCAAAUUUUUACUAGUCGGUGCAUUUUUGAUUUUCCUUGUAUUUUUCUUAAACAUUUCAGAUGACUGGAAAUUAUUCGUAUAAUUUUUGUCGAUUUCCGGGUUACCUUGGAUCAAGGGAAAAGCAAGACGUACAAUACCUUGUUCAGAAUCGAUUUUCAUUAACAAUUGAGUAUCGUUGCGUUUAGAAAUAAAUACAAUUAUUCUAUAUAAUAUCUUUCCUUCUGACUUCUUUUCUAAAAACAAUGGUUAUUUUUAGUAUUUAUUUCAUUUUAUACAGAUAAAAAUCCUCGACAAUUAAAAAAUAAUGUCAUCAUUAGGUUGUACAUAAAGGUUAAAAAAAAAAGUAGAGCGUAAUUUAAUAAUUUUUUGGUUUUAACUACAGUUCCAAUUUUAUGAAAACAAUUAGUUUAUUAUUUAAUAGCAGCGAACUUGUUCUACAAAAUAUAUGUAUUUAAAAUCCGUACUUUUUAGUAGCAUACUUAUAAAGUUAUAAAAGACGUAAAAAACUAAAUUUUAUAUACACGUCUUAUAAGAUUUUAUACUGCAGUUUUAUUUAUGUAUUAAGUUUAUAUAUUAAGUACAGUAUUUAUGUUAAUAGUGUAGUAUUAUAUUGACGAAAAAAAAAAAAGAAAAAUCCUCCAUAAAUCUUACGUAGGUGUAUAGCACAAAUAGAGAACAAAUUAAAAUAACAAAUACAUUUUGAAAAACAUUUUUCACCCGGGCAAAAUAUAUACAUAAAAGUUAGUAAAAUAUCCAAUUGAAAUACACACAAGCGUCUUGUUAGCACAGCUCUGGCCGAUGCAUAAACCAAAUUAUUAACUUGAAAUCGUAAAUUUGGCGUCACAACGCUAUUUGUAAUCAAUGGUCAGUGCCUACCUAAUGAUAAUUUCGUUUUUUUUCAAUUUUUUCUUUUUUUCUCGCAAGUAGUUUUGGCCGGUUAAAAUAUACAUAUAUAUUAUAUUGCAUACCGUUUCGCGCGGCGGCGGCGGCGGGGGCGGCGGAAUCGAUAUCGUAAUACACGAGAAACCUUAGAUAUUUCAAGAACGCAAAUCUUGUUUUGUAUACUUUUUCAGUGCACACGAUACCAACAAACCCACCGUUUAGCGCAACGGCGAAUCGAUACUUUUUAAUUUCGAUAACGUUUAAAGGGAAGAAACGUAGCGUAUUAUUAUAACAACAUAGGUACUGUACUGCCUUGUUUAUACCGUGAGUAAUUUAUUUCCCGACGUCGUGCGGCGUAAGCGAUCGAACGAAACGUCGACAAUAUUAUUAUUGUCAGAAUGUCAGUAUAACGGACGACCGGGGAACGAACAAAAUCGGUUUCCUUCUCGUUCAGUUUUCCAUAGUCGCCAUAAUAAAUCGUGCAGGUACCGCGCGCCGGAGAAUGCGGUCACGUGCAUGCGAAUAUUGCGCACCUGUCAUAAUGCUGUGACGAUUACGUUGAUAACCGUGUUCGUUUUACAGGAAUAACUCGGCCAAAGUGGUCCGAUGCGGUUCAGUCACCGAUCCGGACAGUGACGACGACAACGAGGAAGGCGAUUACACGGUUUACGAAUGUCCAGGAUUGGCGCCCGUAAGUAGCGUUUCGCUAAUUUGCUAAGCACCUGGUCGUAAAAAAUAUUGGCACGAUCGAUGUACGUUGUUUGUAUCGGAUGGGUACCUACGCGGUUAUGGGGAACACCGCCGAGGAAACGUUGUACAGCCGCAAAGGUCGUCGGAGAAAAAAAAUGUUCCGAUAAUUCGUCCAAAAAUAUUUUUCCGUCGGCCACCUGAACUUCGCGAGCCCACAAAGAAAAUAAAAUCCGAUUUUCCGUACAGAUUCACGUCGGAUAGGUCACGGGGAAAACAAAAUUAUUGACCUAUAAAAAAAAAUGCCUAUAAUAGAAAAACGUAAUUUAGAAAACUAAUACUCGCUAUUGGAAUAAUGAAACGAUUCUAUCUCCCACUCCUGCCCGGUUCUUUACCGAGUUUGUGGAACUUUAACUUUUUACAAUGAAUCGUUCGCGAUUUGUUCGAACUUCGAAAAAUAUAAAAAUUCGAUAAAGUUCCCUAUAUAAUUUUCUCAUUAUCUGAUCGGAUUAUGUUUUUAAAUUCCCGGACGGUGUGAAUAAUGCAAAACACGGACAACCCAAGAACUUUUUAUUUCGGAUAAAUUUGGAUUCUAUACGAUAUGCGACAAAAUUAAUUUUAUCAGUUUAUAAUUAGCAAAUAAUGUUUAAAAUUAAAAUUAAAAAAAUAUUUAUCUAUGUGCAUUUAUUUUUAGCUUUAACUUGUACCAUUUAUAGUGGCAUUUUUUUUUUUUUUUGGUAGUUUAUUUAUACAUUUUGACUUGUAUUUCCAGUCGACAAGUCGCAUUUUUCCAAUCCCCUUAAACUCCAGAUAUCGAAGUUGUAAUUUCCUUCCUCUUCACAACUUUACUCACCACUCAAGUUAGGUCUAUUCUAUUCUCUUUGUUUAUUAUUUUUCGCGUUAUUUCCAGACAACCCGAUCUAUCUACACGUCCGCCUGACAUUUUAUCAUCUCUUUUAUAUCCACAUAUUUUAUUUCAUCUAUUUUAUUCAUUGUCAAACACUCGGGUCAGUACAUGGUCGCAGGCUACACAAUAACAGUGUUAUACAAUAUUUCUCUUCUAUCCUUAAUAUCCUUGAAACCUUGUUUUUAUCUAUUUUAUCCAGUCACAUUUAAUGCUACUAUACUCUAUUCAUCGUAAGUUGACCCGCUUCCGCGCAUGUAUACUGAGCCGCCGUGGUCUGUGAUUGGUCGGCGGUGUUCGACGGUCGUCGCUGCCGGCCGUAGUAAGCAGCAGGCUGCCGCCGCGAUCGUGCAUGAAGAGGGUAUUUUUUUAUCGGGAGGUUUUUUCGAAGGGUUUUCGCCGAGCGAGUGGGUCAACUUACGGUGAAUAGAUUAACAGGUACAUCCUCCGUAUGAUUAUUUUGUAUUCCCACUAUAAUGUAAAUUAUUUUUCAAAAUUGUUCUAAACCUCGAAACGUCUACAUUGCGACUACUCGAAUAGUCGCGCGUAAUGAACAGGAUAUUUCUGUGGGAAAACGGGAACGUUUAGGAACGAAACUCCCGGUGAUCGAAUUGACGGAAUGGGGGGGGGAGGGAAAAUGACGAAUUUUUAAACAAAAAGAAACUCCUUCGUAUUUUUUCCCGGAUAGCCCUGUUUCCAUCGCGGAAUAUCCCGGUUUCCCGGAUAAAACCGAUUUUCUCCGCCGGGUUUUGUUUUGUCGAACCGCCAUUCGUCCCACGAUAAUCGUUCGGGCCACGCGAUCGCGAAAACUACCGCAGCGCACAUAAUAUAGCUAACGUGAAUGCACGCGUGUUGGUUUUCUUUCUGUUCGUCUAGGCUGGAGAAAUGGAAGUGAAAAACCCGCUGUUCGUCGACGAUAACACGCCCGCUUCGCCGCACGGAACCAUUAGUAAAGACAAUUCCGCAGAUAAUGGCGUCAUACCGACAGCGUCCGUCCCGUAAUAUAGAUCGUGCCACCCGCCAUCCAUCCAUCCAAACGCAUUCGUCUACGUCUAAAUAAUCAUUAUUCUACUGCAAAACUCUACAACACAAUAAUAUCGACAUUAUGUCCAGGAUAACGUUUUUAAUUGUUUGAUUCGUCUUAUUCGUGUUAUCAUUAUUCUACUGCAAAACUCUACAACACAAUAAUAUCGACAUUAUGUCCAGGAUAACGUUUUUAAUUGUUUGAUUCGUCUUAUUCGUGUUAUUAUUUUUCUUCUUCUUUUUUUUUUUUUUUUUAAUUUUUUUUUUUUUAUUAUGUUUCCCCCCCCCCACGAUAAUAUUACGGUUUUGUUGUUUCUGUUUUAAAAUAUAAUAUAUCCAGUUACGCAACAACAAUAAUAUUAUGUUAUUCUAUCGCCGCCGUAUUAGAGAUUAUACAACGGGCAAAAUACGUUCGUACGCGUUUCCGGACAAAAUGCGAAAUAUAUUUCAAUCAAUAAACCCCCCCCCUCCACUCAACCAUCCCAAAUCAUGUUUGUAUGACGUCAAAAGUUACUGUAUUAUUAUAGAUUAUAUUUUAUUAUAACAAUUACUAUUACAAUUCCACAGACAUUAAUUGUCAAGGGUUUUGGUUUUUUUUUUUUUUGACGAUACUUUUAAACAUACGCCGCCGUCCAAUCGGUUGCCGACUGUAAUCGAUACGGCGCGUAUGACGCCGCAGACAAACUAAAAGUGUUUAAAGUUUUUUUUUUUUAUUGUUUUUUUUUUUUUUUCCAUUCGAUAAUUUCGUAACAACAAUAUUGCGCGUGUAUUCUGUAUACAUUAUUAUUUCGUUUUUUGCGCGCGUGAUCUUUAAAUCAUUAUAAAACGUCCUCCGAUUUAUUUUAUUCUAUAAAAAAAAAAACCAAUCGGUCAGUUUAGGAAAAUAAAAAAAAAAAAAGUCGUCCAACAAACCGAACGGGGAUACGUGCUUAAGAGCCAGUAAGAACAUUCUAGAGUUCACGUCAGACGUACAAAAUUUUAUAGAUUGUGUUGAAAAAAUAACGCAAGUUCCGAUAUCACGAAAAAACGCGUUUGAUAAAAAAAAAAAAACCAAAAACAAUAACAACUGAAAAUGAUUAUUUUUCAACUGUCUUCGAGUAUUUUUAAUACGUUAUUUUACCGUUGCGGAAAAGAGCAUUUCGGCGGUUCGUAUAAACCAUACUUACGAAUCGUCCAGGUUAACGUGAUUAUUUUUUUUUUUUUCAGAAUAUCCGAAAUUGCCUUCGUCUACCGACCCCGACCGUGAGUUAUUCGGUUUCGAUGGAAAAUUAUAAUUUACAACCUAAUACUUCUCGUAUUAAUAGCUGUAUACGAAAUACCGCGUGCGAUGUUAAAUCCGAAAGUGAUUUUGCUCCCAAACCUACUAAUAUGAUUUUUUUUUUUUUUUUUUUUUUUUGUUCUACCACAAUUCCAAGAAAAAAAAAAGUUGUAAAAUUAAACUAAAAUCAAUCGAUACGUCCAAUGUUUUGCUUACUAUUAGCGUCACGUACCCGCACAAUAAUUUCCCGCGCAGAAAUUCGAGUGUUUUUCCGAUUGGCGCAAUCGCGACAUUUUCAAUAAUUCGUAGGGUACACUCGACUGCACUCAAUGAAUCCGUUUCGUACUUCGCGCCGCGUAAAUAUUUUAAAAUAUUCAUUUAAACGAAACGGAAAAUAAAAAACAAAAAAAAAAAAAAAAAAAAAAAAAAAAAAAAAUACAAACAUAAAAUAUGCAUAAUGUGUUAUUAAAUAAUUGAAUCGUAACGUUAUACCCGUCGAGAACACGCGACGAUAUUAUUAUUAAACAUUUCCAACGUAUUAAAAUAUUAUUUUGUUAAUUUUUUUUUCGUGUGUUUUAUUAUUAUUAUCGUUUAAUCCAAUACGGUUACAUUUUAGAACACGUAGUCGUUAUAAUACAUAUUGUACUAUCGAUAUUAUAUACGUUAACCAUUGCAUUAUAUACACUAUGAUAUAAUAUAAUUUAUUAAAAUAAUUAGUCGAUUCGUGUUGUAUUAUCAUUACGUCUUUAUGUUUUGUAUUAUUAUUAUUAUUAUUAUUAUUGUUUUUAAUUUUAAGUCUUCC